AGAAGAUCAAACAUUAUUUCUCACAUCACAAUUGAUCAGAUCUUUUUUUUAAAUAAAUGUAAUUUAAAAUUUCAUUUGUUCUUAAUCCAACUAAAGCACUGAAAUCCUGCAGACAAAACACUGCAACUCCUCUGUUAUUUAUUUAUUUAUUUGUUUAUUUAUUUAUUCAUGGGGCAGUGCGUCACACUCAUCUGUUCCUCCUUUCUCUGUCAGACUGCUGCUGCUUCCCUAUAAAGGACCAACAACAUACAGGCUCCGCCUCCCUAAUGAUUGGUUUGAAAAUGGCUGCCAGCAGCUGAACAUCAUGUCCCACUCUGAGAGUCCACCUUCUUCUUCUUCUGUGGUGGAUGUUUCAUCACAGUGGAGGCUCCUCCUCCUCCUUCUGAUCCUUCCGUUACCUGGCCUGGUGAUGACAUUAUCACCGCGGUCCGUGGCCCUAUGGCGCCGCAGCAACAAGGUGUCCACCAUCAACGCCUGUCACUGGUCUGAGCUGGCAGACGGAGCUCUUAUGGUGCACUGCAGUGGACUCAGACUGACUGAGGUACCUGUCGGCCUGACCAAUCGCACCACUCGUCUGUUUCUCAACAAGAACUUGAUCAGUUCUCUCCCGGCUGAUUCGUUCUCUGACCUCUUCCUGCUCAAUGAACUCGACCUGUCACACAACCAGCUCUCCUUCUUGGAAGUCGGUUGUUUCAAUGGUUUGGCGUCCUCUCUUCGCUUCCUGGACCUGUCGUCCAAUCAGCUGUCAACGUUGGACCCGGCGGUGUUUGACGGCCUGCAAGUUAUCACGAAUCUCACACAGAACCCGUGGCACUGUGACUGCAGAAUGCAGCUGUCGAUGCCUCGGUUGGAUCUGGACUCUGCCUCUCUGGCUGAAGUCAUCUGUCAGACCUCCGACCUCCCGAACCUCGGAGCUGUUGGUCUGCCGAUGCUGCUGCUGAUGGAAGACUGGGAUCUGUGUCGCUGUGUGAGGAGAACCCAUGACUUUCUGACGCUGGUCACCAUGUUCCUCUGGUUCUUCAUGCUCAUCUCCUACCUGGUCUACUACAUCCGGGAGAACGAGGCUGUCGCUCGCGAACAUCUGGAGUACCUCAAGUUUCUGGAGAUCCUUCGUCCUCCCUGCGAUUGAAAUGCAUAAGGAACUCCCCAAGGAUUUCUGGAAUCUUUCCAAAAACAAUAGAGUUUCUCUAGAUCUUCACCAGAGACCCCUGGAACUCCAUUCAGUACCUUUAGAAGCCUGCAACCUAACGAAUGACCAAAUCCACUUUAUGUUCCAAAGAACUCCUAGAAUGUUCUUAAGAGCCUUUAGAAAUUCCACAAGGAGUUUUUUUAUCCUAACCAAAGCUCAUAGAACCACAUAGAAGACUCACCAGGGACUGACUGGAGAACCUCGAAAACUGGAAUCUCUACAGUGACACAUGGAACAUCCUCAGGGACCAACAGAGCUUCUCUACAACUUUAUCAACAAUUCCUAGAAUCUCCUCGGGAACACCAGAUCUUUCUGAAACAAAUCUACAACCUACUAAAGAACGAUCAGGUCCACUUCAAGGCUCAAAGUUCUUCUACAAUCUUCUCAAACCUCUUAAUAUGACUCAAGACACUGUGAAUCCCAUUCAGGGUUCAUAGAACCAAAUGAUGGACCUUUAUCAUUUGACCUUUGUCAUGUUCCGGUGGGACUCCUGGAACCUCCUCCAUGACCCUUAGGUAUCGGUCAAGGAAAUCUCAGACCAAAUCAACUCUUAUAGAACCACAUGAAGAACUCAAACAGCUUAUAGACCUGAAAACUACUUAUAUGACCUUACAGCUUUCUAAAAUAAAUCUGUAACGUUUAGGAACCAUUAAAUCCAAAGAGCCAUGAAUCCUCUUCAGGGCCUCGACAACUUCUGAAACCUUCUGAACACCUAUUACAGGUUCUUUGCAACAUCUAGAACCUCCUCACGGAACUUAACCUUCUCAAAUGUUCCUCUGGGAUUCUUGGAACCUCUUCAAUGAUAUUUUAAGAAUGUCUCAAGAAGAUUUGGAUCCAAUUUGACUUACAGAACCACAAGAAGAACUCUUCAAUGGCCUGUGAGAAUUUCUCAAAGACUGUUAGAACCAGGAACCAGAGGUAACCUAGAGCUUGAAGAAAGACCCUGUAACGUUCUCACUUCACUCCAAGGUCCUUAAAUUACUUCAAGGAACUCUAAAACUUUCUGGUGUCCCAAAGAACCACAUGGUGGAUGUUUAAAACCUCCUGAAGAACCUAAUAGAGCUCCUCAGUGACAUCUGGAAUCUCCUUUGUAGCCUUUAGAUCAUGCUCGAGUAACUUUGUAUCUUUGAAAACCUGCAUGAGGAUUUUCAGAUACACCUCAAAGAAUUUAAUUUCCUUCUCAAAAGUGUCCAAACCCACAACAUCAUUUGAAGGACAUCUGGAACCUUCUCAAUACCCUGAAAAUUCCCUGAAUGUCUCUGAAUUCUCCACAGAACCAUGUCAAGGUUUUUUUUAAACAACACCAAGAACUCCCUCAGACAAGGACUCCUUGAAAUUCCUUAAUAACAUCACCAGUGUGUUUAAGGACUGUUGGAACCUUUACAGGAACCCAGAGCUUCUCCAGGUUUCGUGACACAUUAGAUCUGCUCAGUCGUUCAGUGUUUCUGUCUGAUUAUUGAUCCUGUGAGAGAGUAAACUAAACCUUUGCUUCAUGUGUGAAAUAAAAGUUCAUCAGCAGGA